AUGUUGUGUGAGAGCGUGAACUGGGCCGAUGUGCGCAAGGAGAUCGUGAAGAUUCUGGAUGAUGACAAGUACAAGGACUCCUCCUACGAGGGGGCCACGCCCGGGCCGCUGCUGCUGCGGCUGGCGUGGCACUCUGCGGGAACCUUCUGCAAGCAGACGGCCACCGGAGGGUCCAACGGCGCCACCAUGCGCUUCGAGCCGGAGGUGUCCUGGGGCGCCAACGCGGGCCUGAAGCUGGCGCAGGACAUGCUGGAGCCGGUGAAGAAGAAGUUCCCUGCGGUGUCCUACUCCGAUCUCUGGAUCUUCGCGGCCUGCGUGGCCGUGGAGGAGAUGGGCGGAGCGAAGGUGCCCUUUGUUGCGGGGCGCACGGACAAGCCCAGCGGCAAGGAAUGCCCGCUCUGGGAUGGCCCCACCUGCAAGGACGGGCGCCUGCCCAGCGCGGACAUGGGCAGCCCCGACAAGACCGCGGCCCAUCUGCGGCUGAUCUUCAACCGUAUGGGUUUCAACGACCAGGAGAUCGUGGCCUUGAGCGGCGCCCACGGCCUGGGCGCCUGCCACACGGACCGCAGCGGCUACUGGGGCCCCUGGACCCGGGCGCCCACCACCGUGAGCAACGAGUACUACAGGGAGCUCCUGGAGAACACUUGGACCGUGAAGACCACCCACAAGGGCCAGCAGUGGAAGGGCCCUCUGCAGUUUGAGGACCCCACAGGGGAUCUCAUGAUGCUGCCCUCGGACAUUGUGCUGAUCCAGGACAAGGCCUUCCGCAAGUACGUGGAGCUUUAUGCUAAGGACGACGCAAAGUUCCAGAAGGACUUUGCGCAGGUGGUCGGCAAGCUCUUCUCGCUGGGCGUCCAGGAAACCAAGCGUUUCGGAUUCUUCUGA